AUGCAAGCGCCCGAGCUCAGCAAAAAGAUGACCAAGCUGAUCAAGAGUGAGAAUUCCGCCAUCGGAGCCCAUGAAGCAGCCGGACGUGAGCGUACCUCGAUCGCCGCCCAGCUCUCCGAGUGGGGAGAGGCAACCGAUGACGACAAUGUCUCCGACAUCUCCGACAAGCUCGGCGUCAUGCUCGCCGAGAUGGGAGAGCAGGAAGAUGUCUUUGCGCAGAACCUGGAGGAUUACCGCGGCAUCCUGAAGCAGAUUCGCAACAUGGAAGCCUCGGUUCAACCGUCGCGCGACCAACGCCAGAAGGUCACCGAUGAGAUUGCCAAGCUCAAGUACAAGGAUCCUCAGAGUCCGCGCCUUGUCACUCUGGAGCAUGAGCUGGUCAGGGCCGAAGCUCAAAACUUGGUUGCUGAGGCACAACUGUCUAAUAUCACGCGCCAAAAGCUGAAGGAGGCCUAUGAUAUCCACCUGGCCGCUGUGAUCGAGCGCGCCGAGAAACAGACCAUCUUGGCCCGCCAUGCUCGUCGUCUCCUCAACUACAUUGAUGACAGCCCCGUUGUUCCCGGUGAUGCCCGUCAAGCAUACGACCAUGAACUCGAUGCUCGCCAGAUCCUCGAAGACGCCGAGAAUGACCUCCGCGGAUGGGAGCCCUCUGUCGAGCCCAUUACCUCAGCUGCCGGCCGAGAGUCUCCCUCUCACAUUAACGGUAUCAGCCAUUCUGGUCAUGUCAAUGGACUGGAUAACGUGGAAGAGCAAGAAUCGGACGUUUUGGAUGAUGCCUCUGCGGUCGAGACCACCAAUGUUACUGCACCGGUGGAGAGUGGUGCGCCACCAGCAAAGAUGCUGGUUGAGCCCGCUGCAUGA